UCGAGUGCGCUACAUUGCCCAAAGGAAAUCACAGUGCCAAAAUAUGGUGAAGGCAACUGAUGGUGCCCGCUUCUUAACCCGUACGCUGCUGCUCAUCACGUGCACGGUCGGUCUCAUCGCAAGGACCGCUGAGACGUUUCUGUACACCCACACAAAAGACAAUGACUACAUUCGCGUUGGGAGACGAGGACGGAUGACACGUCAGCUGAAUGUGAUUCAAGACCUAAUCUUACUACGUGAAAAAGAACUCAAAAAGAACCAACAAGCAUUGGGCGUUCCAGUGCCUUUAGAAUUUCCUUUAGAAAUUGGUGAUUCGUUCAAUAAAUGGGUCUUAGAACCAAGGCAAUCCUCCCUUGCAGCAAGACUUCACCGUUCAGAAAGUGACGAAGAAUUUCCAUCGGAAGACUUCUUGGAGGACGAGGAGAUGGGCGCACAGAGUGAGGGCCAUUAUCCCUGACGGAGGUUGCUUCACGUCUUCUGAAAAAAUACUCCAAAAUUCCAAAACAUGGGAGAAUGGCUGAAAAAUAGUUCAAGAGAAUCACGUUCUAAAACAUUGCAGAAGGAUGGUCGGGUUUUCAAAAGCACCAGCCAGAACAUGCGAAAUGUCGUGCAGAGACAUGAAAUUCUGCCGUUUCGGUUAUCAUGUGAAAUGAAUAAACAGCUUAGCACUAGAUACUACAUGUAUAUUGCAUAACUUGCGCUAAGGACGUCAAAUAUAAAGAGCAAUGCGAAUGAGACUUCCUGUUUUCAAUAAAGGACGUUUUAUUUUGGUUUACUGGCUCGUACAACAAACAAGAAUUACAUAGUUUACAAUUCAAUUCUUACAAUUCAAAUUGUUUCAUCACAGAGGUUUACAUUUACAAUAAAUCGUUGCUGGUUUUAGAAGAGAAACUU